AUUAAUUUACCUGCGCUACACCUGUUUAUCCGCUCUACUCUUUUGAUUCGCUGCCUACGGGGGAAAAAUCAUAUUCUCGUUAUUUGCGUUGAAGGUUUUCAGUCUCUCUGAUUUCGCAGAGUCCACGCUACAGCAUUUGUAGCCGAACGUGGUUUUGUUUGAGAUUGUAUUUGAGGUUUAACCCGUCGACUGUGUGGACUUCUGCCUAGGUAAGGGUACCUGUUACCAACAAGGAAGUUAAGUCUGUUGAACCCGUCUUUGGCAACGUCAGCGGGACGUUUGUAAAUAGGUUUCAGUUCCCACUGUUGGUUAUUCUGAAAGGCGAUUGUAUUGUCGACGCGGGUUCUGUAACAAGUCGUGGCCUAUUUGUGGACAGCACCAUCCAAACUGGAUCAAGCUGCUUUAACCCUUCCCUGGACAAGGCAGUCUACUGACGGCAUAGAAGAACCUUUGAGGACAUGGAUUCAUCAUCUAAAAAUAAUUCAGUUAUUCACCUGGAUGCACCAGUUCUCCCAGACAAGUAUGACAUCUCCAAUGUGACCAUUAUUCAGACAAGCAAUGGGACAAUCGUAGAGGACCACAUAUUUUUAAACACAGUGGCUGCUCAGAUCCUGUCAGGGAUAUUUGUCUGGUCUGCGUUGCUCCUAACAUGCCACCAGAUCUAUACACACCUUCGGUCCUACACUGUCCCCAAUGAGCAGCGUUACAUCAUCCGCAUCCUGUUUAUUGUGCCAAUUUAUGCCUUUGACUCUUGGCUAAGCUUGCUCUUCAUCAGUAAUGACCAGUAUUAUGUGUACUUUGACUCCAUUCGAGACUGCUAUGAAGCAUUUGUAAUUUACAAUUUCCUGAGUCUGUCCUUUGAGUACCUGGGAGGAGAGAGUGCAAUCAUGACAGAGAUUCGAGAAAAGCCCAUACAGUCAAGUUGUCUGUAUGGUACCUGCUGCCUCGUUGGAAGGAGCUACUCCAUCGGCUUUUUAAGAUUCUGCAAACAGGCGACUCUUCAGUUCUGUGUUGUCAAACCCAUCAUGGCAGUCAUCACGAUCAUCCUGCAGGCCUUUGGCAAAUAUCACGAUGGAGAUUUUAACGUGAAUGGAGGAUACCUGUAUAUCACCAUCAUCUACAACUUCUCAGUCAGUCUGUCUCUCUACGCUCUCUUCCUCUUCUUCUUCGCCACAAGUGACCUGCUCAGGCCGUAUGAACCGGUGCUCAAAUUCCUCACAAUCAAAUCUGUCAUCUUCUUAUCCUUCUGGCAAGGAAUGAUCCUCGCCAUCUUGGAGCGCUGUGGCGUCAUUCCCAACGCACUUGUCAUCGACGGACAUAAGGUCGGAGCUGGUACCGUGGCAGCAGGCUGGCAGAACUUCAUCAUCUGCAUUGAAAUGUUCUUUGCAGCCAUUGCCCUCCGAUAUGCCUUCACCUGCACGGUCUACCAGGAGAAGAAAAAUCAAGUGCCAGAAAACCUCCCCCAAAUGCAGAGCAUCUCCAGUGGUCUGAAGGAGACCAUAAACCCAGGAGACAUGGUGCAGGAUGCGAUCCACAACUUCUCUCCGGCAUACCAGCAGUACACCCAGCAGUCCACGCAGGAGGUGAACCAUUCCAGCACAAAUGGAAAAGUGGCAACAGGCAACAGGAGCUCCCGCAAGUCUGACAAAAUCAUGCUGAUCACUUCUGAUGAUGAAUUCUAGAAAGAGCCAGGUUUUUGUGUCUACUAUCUCUGACCACCUGGGGAAAGAGCUGCCGCAUAUCUCUAAGAGCUGGAUUGAAUCCAUGUGUUUAAUUUCUGUUAUCACAGUAUUUAAGAUGGACUGCUUACAUAUAUCCUGUUUUAAUGAGUAAUUUCAGCUCCAAGAAGGGGAAGAGCUUAAUAAUAGUUUUAAAAUUGAUAGCUGGGUGAUCAGAGCGCUGAUCUGUCUUCAUCUCUGCAGUAAUAAGCUAUGCGUUUUAUCCAGUCAAGCUGCUGGUGGUUC